AUGAACAUUUCGGUUCUCGGAAAGCAUCCCCUGGUUCAUCUGCAGCAGGUAAUUGAAGCCAAGGUCAGCGGCCGCAACACCGUUGAAGCACCGCGGUCGGGCAGCAGUGCCAAUGAAAAGCAGAUCGACGACGUCCGAACCGGCAGCAUUGGUGGUGUUGUGAGCACUGUAGCCACCGGUGGCUGCCGUCAUUUCUUGACGGCCCUCGGCGGCGACAGCAGGGGACACAGAGGCAGCCUCUUCAUGCUGCACUUUGCUCGUAAGUCCAUGCUUGACUUGGAACUUAUUUAA